AUGGCCAGCAGCCGGCUGCUCCUGCUGGCUUUCACCUGCUCGCUCCUCCUCUCCCUGCUGCUCUGCGACGACUCCCUGGAAGCGCGCUCCUUGGAAACUCCCAACAAAAGCCAGGAGGAGAAGGAGCUGGUAAGAAACCCCAGCCCGAGUGGCCGGGCGUGCGAGUCCGCAGAGUCCGCGGGAAUCCGAUCGUGGGAUGUGGACCUGACCGCCUGCAACCUGGACGAGCAGCUGAAACUGUUCGUGUCGCGACACUCCGCCACCUUCUCCGAGGAGGUCAAAGGCCAGAGGACCCUGCACCACAGUGGCGAUGUGCUGGAGACCCAUGUUGUCGUCAAUCCCUCGGACGACUUCGUCUGCUCAGAGGUGCGGGCCCUGAUUUCGGAUGUGUCCCGUCACAAACUGCUCGUCCUCGCUGGGCAGUGUGUGGAGGAGGAGGGGGACCUGGUCCUGCAGAUGGGCAGCUUCUCUCUCCAGGAUUUCAUUCAGAUCUUCGCAGAUAAAGAGAUUGGUGAACUGUUGAGCUCUGCAGACCCGACGCACAAAGCCAGUCUGACCCUAGCCGGCCCAAACUCGGGCGAGUGGAAGAACUCUGUUCUGGAGAAGCAUAAUCUUCAGGACUUCAUUGAGAUCAAGACGAACCCCCCCACCAUCUUGCCCGAGAUGGAAGGUCUGCAGGAGUUCACCGAGUAUCUCUCGGAGUCUCUGGAGCCCCGCUCUCCCUUCGAGCUGCUGGAGCCGCCCGGCACCGUUGGCUUCCUCAAGCUCUCCAGGCCCUGCUGCUACAUUUUCCCUGGAGGGCGGGGAGACUCUGCCUUCUUUGCCGUCAACGGAUUCAAUGUUUUGGUUAACGGGGGCUCCGAUUCACGUGCCUGCUUCUGGAAGCUGGUCCGGCACCUCGACCGAAUCGAUUCGGUCCUGUUGACCCACAUCGGGGUUGACAACCUCCCUGGCAUCAACAGCCUGCUGCAGAGGAAGGCGGCUGAGCUGGAAGACGACCAGUCAGCGGGGUCUCAAAGCAACGAAGACUGGCUCAAGAACCUCAUCUCCCCGGAGCUGGGAGUGGUGUUCCUCAAUGCCCCAGAGAGACUAAAAACCCUCCCCAGCGAUCCGAAAGUGCUGAGGAGCUGCGAUCAAGUGGCACUUACCUUGCAGUACCUGGAGAGGUUGUCUGUUCAGCCAGAGCCCCUGUGCCGCACCAAUGGGGCUGUUAUUGAGCCAGUCAUCCUCUUCCAGAAGAUGGGGGUUGGUCGCCUGGAGUUGUAUGUCCUCAACCCAGUGAAAGGCAGCAAGGAUCUUGAAACCUUGAUGCAGAACUGGCCAGGCAAUGGCUCCCCCAAAGGCUCAGAGAUCAGUCUUCAGUGCCUAGUUUCCAUUUGUGCGUUACUGGUCUGGCACCCAGCUAACCCCCUGGAGAAAAUUAUCCGUGUGUUGUUCCCUGGCUGCACACCCCAGGGGAAAAUCUUGGAAGGCCUUGAGAAGCUGAAGCACCUGGAUUUUCUCAAGCACCCAGUGGUGAGUGUGAAAGACUUGGAAUCCUCCAAGUCGGACAAGCAGCCUAAAAGGGCAGAGAGCAGGGAGAGCCUGAAGUCGGUCCCAAAAGACUCCAGACCCAGCAGUGGUACACUGAAGGAAAAAUUAGGAAGAGGUGACAAAAAACCUGACACUAAGGCCAAGAGCAAAGUUUCUGGAGAUGCAUUGAAAGAGGGACCCUGUCCAAAGGACGUGGACGAGAAAUCAAAAGCUAAGGAGGAGGAAAAACAGAAGGUUGAUGUGAAGCCAAAGACGUCAAAAGAGAAGCCGGCCACCAAGAAGGAGCCGGCCAAAGAUGAGAAGAAGGAGGUGAAGAAGAAAGAAGAGAAACUCCCCGCGAAGAAAGAGGAGAAUGGAGAGAAAAAGAAGGAAAUGGUGAAAAGGGACACUGCGGCCGCAAAACCAAAGAAGGAUGUCAAGCCAGAGCCCAAGAAAGAAGUCAAAAAGGAGGUCAAAGCAGAGGAGAGGAAGUUGACCAAGCAACCUGUGAAAGAGGUCAAGAGAGCUCCAGGAGCUGCCGCCUCGGCUGUGGCAGAAUCGAAGAAACCGGCUGCUAAAGUUGGGCCUCCAAAGAAAGACGGGGCCCCUUUGAAGAAGGAAGCAACGUCUUCGGCCAAAGGCGCAAAGCUCAAGACGCCAAGAAAGGACACGGACAGCGAAAAGCUCUCUGUUGCUUGUGAGGGGGACGCUGAGCGCUCCAAAAUGUCCACUCCGGAGGACAUGACGGCAGAGUUCGAGCAGCUGAGAGAAGAGAGCGAAAGGCAGCAGCGGGGAGGAUCUUCCGAUCGGCAGCAGACCAUCUCCGUCGCGAGCCGUCAUGCCUGCUCGUUCUGUCUCCCUCUCCUCCCAGGCCCUGUGGGCGGCAGGCCCCCCCCGGCGGGCACGCCCGUGUUCCUGGACCUGGCGUACCUCCCCUCGGGCCGCGCCGCCGCCACGGUGGACGUGGAGUUCUUCAAACGCCUGCGCUCGUCCUGCUACAUCAUCAGCGGGGACGAGCCGCUCAAGGAGGUGGUCAUGCGGCCCAUCCUGGACGCGCUGCUGGAGGGCAAGGCGUUGUGGUCGGGCAGCGUGCAGGUGACCCUGAUCCCGACCUUUGACUCGGUGGUGAUGCACGACUGGUACCAGGAGACCCACGAGAGGCAGCGGGAGCUGGGCAUCACGGUGCUGGGCAGCAACAGCACGGUGGCCAUGCAGGACGAGACCUUCCCAGCCUGCAAAGUGGAGUUCUGAGGGCAGAGGAGGCUUCCGGCCCCCCCCCCCGCCUUUCCUCCCCACCCCCCUCCCUCGCGCUUCGCGGCCGCCGGCGCCGCGUGCCUGGUCACGAAACUCCCCAUCCCCCCGAUCAGGAUGGGGAUCCCCAGGCAGCUUCGCACCCCAGAGCAGCAUGACGGCCGCCGUCCAGCCUGACCAGGCCACGACGGGCUCCCCAGUUCCCCGAAAUCCGAUCUUCAUUUCCACGUUCGCAGCCGCCCUUGACCGUUUCCUGUCGCGUUGCCCAUCUCCAGGGGGUUGGAAAGGCGGCUGAUUCUGGGGAACGGGGCCGUUCAUCACUCCUUUGUUACACUCCUACUCUUUUUUUUCCCCCCCUUGAGGCCGUGGGAAUUCAUUGCUGCCUUUCAGAACAAUCCUCUUUUUUGGGGGGGCGGGGGGGACUUAUCUUAAUUGCGCACUUGCACGGUUUUCACAACGAAACCAAACUGGUCACUAAAAGCAUGAGUCUGUAGGGUCUCGGGAAUGAAUGGAUCGUCCUGCGGGGGGCGCACUUUGAGCGGGACUGCAGUGUCAGGACAGGGGCGUAAAGGCGUCUCCUGGUUCGGCCCCCCCUUUCCGCCAAAGCGUUCCCACCUCAGCUGCGUGCUUCCGAUUCGGAACGAGUAAACCGCCCGAGAGCAGUGGCAGCUCAGCGGGGUCCGGGGCUGGUUUCACCUGCUGGGGGUGCGAGGGAGGUGCCCACCCAGGCUGUGAGCUGAGCGCUGCAGAGAGGAAGGCUCUCCAGCUCGAAGCAGUGAGGCGGGCGGGGCUGUUCUGGGAAGGCCUGGUCCGGGCUGUCUGUGGGAGAAGUAGGUCGUGGAAGGAUGAGCAGGAAGUGAAGGGUGUUGGGUUUUGCACCGCGGAGCGGGGGACGGGAUUGGGCCGCGGGGGGUCGAUCCUGCGGUGCUGGAGGAAGCGUGACGGCCGACGCAUCCCCGGUUGGCGAGCGCAGCCGUGUCGCGGCGACGAGCUCCUUUCGGGGGGGCGCGGUUCGCGGAGUUUGGGCCGGUGCCGUCAGGUGGACCCGGAAGGCCAUGGCUGUGUUUCUGGCGGGACGCUGGCUGGUUCGGGGCGGUCCGAUCGUCAGGUCGGGGGUUCCUGAGGGUUAAAGGGGCUGUGGAACUGCCUGAAACAAAACCGUCGUCGAGUGGGUUUUAUAACCACAUUUUAGUAGUUGUUCUGUGUCUGUGAUCUCUAGGUGCCACACGUAUCUCGGAGGGAAUGUCAUUUAAAGUUGCACACGCAAGACUUUUUUUAUAAUUAAAAGAGGAAGUAGCAAGAGCGUAAUUAGCAAGAGUUGGAAGACGUUUUAUAGGACAGGGUUCGCUUCCGAUUUUUUUUUUUAUAUUUAUACAUAUAUUUGAGCCUGGGUUGCGUUAGUGCCUAAAUGUGAAAUAUUUACACAAAUGUAACACAAAAAAAAAAUCACCACAUUUAUCAUCACCUAGUCCAUUUGUCUGUGGUGUUCUGCUGUAGGGUAGCGAGCUCAUAUUCUGUGAAUUAUCAGUGCGUUUUAGCCUGUCGUACUCUGCAUGCACUGUGUUAGAUAGUGUGCAAUACGGUGAGGCAGGGGGCUGCUCUCAUCCUUCAGGGCUCUUCCCGAUCCCAUAGCAAAAGGCUUUUUCGGACACUUUUUAGUUUGAGACAAUUUCCGCUAAAGGUGAAUAUGUCAGUCUCAGUCUUUUAA